AUAGAACUAGAGAGAGCUUCUUCUUCAGUGAGGUCUGUAGAGAGAGAAACUGAUACUCUCUUAGAGAGAGAGAGAGAGAGAGAGAGAGAAAGAAGAGGAGAGAGAGAGAGAGAGAGAGAAAAAAUGGAGGAUCGACUGGAGGAGGAAGGAGAAGGAGAAGGAGAGGAGGUGUUAGGUUCGAGCUUGACGAUGGAGAAGGUCGCAGCAGCCAAGCAGUUCAUAGAGAACCACUACAGAGCUCAGAGGAAGAACAUACAAGAACGAAAAGAAAGACGAUGGGUUUUGGAAAGGAAAUUAGCUUCAUCAGACGUGCCAAAGGAGGUACAAAUCAACCUGAUCAAAGAUUUAGAGCGAAAAGAGACGGAGUUCAUGCGACUUAAAAGGCAUAGGAUAUGUGUUGACGAUUUUGAGCCUUUGACCAUCAUUGGUAGGGGGGCUUUUGGUGAGGUUCGAUUGUGUCGGGAGAAAAAAUCUGGCAAUAUAUAUGCCAUGAAAAAGUUGAAGAAAUCUGAAAUGCUUAUGAGAGGACAGGUGGAACAUGUUAGAGCUGAAAGAAACUUGCUGGCAGAAGUUGCCAGUCAUUGCAUAGUUAAACUUUACUACUCCUUUCAGGAUGCUGAGUAUUUAUAUUUAAUAAUGGAAUAUCUGCCUGGUGGUGACAUGAUGACUCUGCUGAUGAGGGAGGACACCUUAAAUGAAAGUGUGGCCAAAUUUUACAUUGCACAGAGUGUACUGGCAAUAGAAUCUAUUCAGAAACACAACUACAUACACAGAGACAUUAAACCCGACAACCUUCUUCUAGAUAAAAACGGUCACAUGAAACUCUCGGAUUUUGGCCUCUGUAAGCCUCUUGAUUGUACAACUUUACCUGCACUGCAUGAAAAUAGAUCUAUGGAUGAUGAAAAUUCAGCAGAACCAAUGGAUAUCGAUGGAUGUUUUCCUGAUGCGGAUAACAGGAAUAGUUGGAAAAGCCCCCUUGAACAGCUGCAGCAUUGGCAGAUGAACAGGAGGAAGCUGGCAUUUUCGACUGUGGGGACACCCGACUAUAUUGCACCUGAAGUGUUAUUAAAGAAGGGAUAUGGGAUGGAAUGCGACUGGUGGUCACUGGGAGCAAUACUGUAUGAAAUGCUUGUUGGAUACCCUCCAUUUUAUUCAGAUGAUCCCAUAACUACAUGCAGAAAGAUUGUUCAUUGGAGAAAUCAUUUAAAAUUUCCAGAAGAUGCAAGGCUGACACUCGAGGCUAAGGAUCUCAUUUGCAGGUUGCUGUGUGAUGUUGAACAUAGGCUUGGUGCACGUCAAAUCAAAUCUCAUCCUUGGUUCAAGGACAUUGUGUGGGACAAACUUUAUGAAAUGGAGGCAGCAUUCAAACCAGAAGUGAAUGGGGAGCUUGAUACCCAAAACUUUAUGAAGUUUGAUGAGCUGGAUCCUCCAGCAUCAGCAAGAACUGGUUCAGGACCCUCGCGGAAGCUGCAAUUGACUCCCAAAGAUCUAAACUUUGUUGGCUAUACAUACAAGAACUUUGAUGCUGUAAAAGGGCUUCGCCAAGCUUUUGCUGAUGCUCGAGUAGAAUUCACUACUGAACGGGCAGCAAGAGAAACAGAGGUACAAAUGCUUGCAUCAUCUGGUGAUCCUAUGUUACCAUAACAUCAAAUCUUGGGAGAUAAAGUGGCAAGCUGAUAACGCAGAUAUUGCACAUAUGCUUGAUUCGAGUUCAGACUUUAUAACUCUGCAUAUGUUGUGAAUUGGCUGUCUUGCAGCUUGCAUGCCGCCUUCAUCUAAGUGUACAGUAGUCAUUGAAGAGCUUCAUAAAGACCCUGACAAGGGUAAGUGAGACUCCAGUAAGGUUUCGUUUCUGUGAAUUAGAACUUAGAAUGUCUAUGAACUUUGGAACUGGUGUCCUGGCUGCCCAGGUUGGCAGUGAUAUAACCGUGCCUUCUCUAGUGGCAGUUUCUGGUCCAACUAUAAUUCAUAGCGAAUUACCAAGAAACUCAGUAGCCAUUUUAGGGAGAACUUUUCUCUGUUGUGUUGUGUAAGAUUGUAAGGCAAACCUAAAUUAGCCAUGAAUGGAAUAGUAGUAAAAAUAUCUUGCCUUAAUUUGUUAUUUUGGCCUGAAUACAACCCUUCCGGCCAAAAGCAAAUUACAAAUUUUGAUUUA